AUGGAGGAUGAAGAACACUCUGGUCAUAAUUCUAUUCAUCAAUGGUUACCUUUCUCUGGUUUCAUCAAAUUACAUUUCCUGCUUGUUAAAUGUGCUGUGUUUUUAUGGAUUUUUUUUUUAAGUGCAAGAAGUGCACUGUUUGCUGCAACUGAUCCUCAGGUUCCAGAAUUUUGCAGUGCUUUAAGGGCUGAUAAUUGGCCAGUUUGUCCAUAUUUUUCAGGGGAGUGCCGUCCUGCAAAUGCUUCAGCAGAAGCACACAAUAUGGAUACUGCUUUGAAGAUUUGGGAUAAGACUUUGGAACUCAUUGGUGUUCCUUCAGACAUCGUUGAAAAGUUAAUAGAAUGUGAGCAGGUUCCAAGUGAAAAUGGGCAUUCUAACGUAACGGAAGUGGACUGUUGGUGAGAUGAGAGGAUUAAUGUUUAAUGUAGGCUUCAUCUUGUUCUCGAAGUGUAAAAUACUGUCUUCAAUUAGUCAAUAUAGUCAGCAUGUGCCAGUUAACUUUCAUGAUUCAGUUAUCAGAUUGGUCAUAGCUGUACUUUUGUUCAAAGAUGUUUAUUGGAUGAGGCCAUUAUCAUAUUUGUCCAAGGAAGGUCCUUGGAAAUUGGGAAUGAUAAUAUUCAAAGGAAAGUAUUCAAAUUUGACUGUUAAAAUGGGAAGGCACAACUCUGUCAGAAUUGUUUUCCAAUUACUAAGCAUAAUUGGAGAUUUCUAAUUGGAGAUACUUGAUGUUGAAUUGGAUAUUCACUAUGGUACCAGUGUAUUUUCCGCAGCAAAGAAAUAAAUUAUAAUGAUUCUCACUGUA